UGAUAGCGGCAGUGGACUCACAGGGCAGGCAGUCGCAACUUGCAGCAGACAGAAUGCAUAACUGGAAAGGUGUGUGGCUGUGUUCCUUGUUUUUGACCUUUGGCCAGUUGUGGAAUGGGAUUUUACUGGCAUACCCCUUGGACUGUAAGGAUGAGCAGGGCAGCUACACCCGCUGCACAUCCAUCUCACUUGAGAAGCUUCUCGAUCGAGCCAUUCAGCACGCUGAGCUUCUCUACAGGGUCUCUGAGGAGUCGUGCACCAUCUUUGAGGAUAAUUUUGCUCCCUUUUCUCUGGUCUCACAGAGAAGUCGAAACUUCAACUCCUGCUACACAAAAGGACUCCGUCUUCCCAGCUCCAAGUCCGAGGCACAGCAGGUCUCGGAUAAGUGGUUGCUACACUCUGUGUUGGUGCUCGUCCAAUCCUGGAUAGAGCCUUUUGUCUAUCUACAAAGAACCUUGGACACUUACAACAGCCUACCAGGAUCACUUGUCAAUAAAACUAAGUGGGUCUCGGACAAGCUACCCAGUCUGGAGCAAGGAAUAGUUGUCCUUAUUCGAAAGAUGCUUCAUGAAGGCCUUAUUACUACUGACUUCCAGCAGUCUGUAAUUGAGAUUGAACCUAGCCCUGAAAUAACAGACUCUAGUGCAAGAGACUACAUGAUUUUAAACUGUUUUCGAAAGGAUGCCCACAAAAUGGAAACAUUUCUCAAACUUCUGAAGUGUCGACAAAUAAAAAAACUUAAUUGCUACUAGCAGUUGUUAAACAAUAACCUAAUUUCAAUAAAAUACUGAAAGCUAUAUUACAAUUGGAAACUAUGUUCCACAUAUUGCGACAAAUGAUUAUCAAAUAAUGAUCUUUAAAAUGUGUACAUAUGCUUAAUAUCUGUUUUGCGUUCUUGUUAAAAAAAGAAAAAAAAUACACAAUUAAACUUAACAUUGCAUGAAUUCUG